AUGAACUCCUUGUUUAUGUCCGAUCAACCAUAUUUGGAUCAGCAACGUAAAUCUACAAUCAGCCCAGAGAUACGAAGUAAUAUAUAAAGCACUCUCCACAGAAGGACCAAUCAUUCUUAAGCAGAUUUAAUAACUCCUAUAACUGUUAAUUAAAAUCAUAAAAAGAAAGCCAUAACAAAGGGAUUACAAUAGUUGUUAAAAUCAAGUCCAUAUUUGAAAUUAGUUCAAUAAAAAUCUUAAUAAUAACUUCAAAUCUAAGAUAGUUUUUCUUCACAAUAUUUGAAAGGCCAUUUUCCUACUACGAAUUAAUUAUCCUCCCAAUUAAUUUAUAAGCCAGAUAAUCAUACUCCUUCCUUAAAUUCAACCACAUCAAGCAGCAUUAAACACAGGGUAAGAAACAAUGCCAAAGAUCAUAAGCAAAAAAAAUCUUUUGACUCCGUAAAUGUUUCUUCCAAUAGAGAUAAAGAGAAACUAAUGAUUUCGCAAUUAUAAAAUAUCAUUCAACGAUCCUCUAAUCUACUAAACACUUAUAGAGAUGAGUUGCAAAGGCAUAUCACUGAAAAAUAGGACUUAAUCAAAUAAAUUUAGUUAUUAGAAGAAAGUAGAAUUAUGCAAUGA